GCGGGACGGAGGCGGCCGCCGGGCCGCCCUUUUAACUCCCCUUUUCGCCGGAGGUAGCGGUUCCUCGGGGCCGGGAUGGAGGCGCCGAGCUCGCUGGGCAGAGCCCUGUCAGGCAUCCACCGCGAGGAGCUCCCCGGCUGUAAGGCCGUCAGCGAGGCGCGGGUGCUGGUCAUCAACACGGGCGGCACCAUCGGCAUGGUGCAGGACGACAAGGGACUUGCUCCUGAGGCCAAUAAGUUAGUAAACAGCUUGAAGACAAUGCCAAUGCUCCAUGAUGAUGCGUAUGCCCAGGAAACAAAACUGUGCAACCACCAUGGAUUUCCAGAUGACACGCUGGUGCUUCCUGUCUCUAAGCAAAACAAAAGAAUUUUCUACACAAUCCUGGAGCUGUCACCACUACUUGAUUCUUCGAACAUGACACCAGAGGACUGGGCCAAAAUUGCAAAGAAACUUGAGGAGCACUAUGAAAAGUAUGAUGGCUUUGUGAUCCUCCAUGGCACCGAUACAAUGGCGUACACAGCUUCAGCCUUAUCCUUCAUGUGCGAGAACCUGGGUAAAACUGUUGUUCUGACAGGAUCGCAGGUGCCCAUAUAUGAGUUGCAGAACGAUGGCCGAGCCAACCUUCUGGGGGCACUGCUUUUUGCUGGGCAGUUCGUGAUUCCCGAGGUGUGCCUGUAUUUUUAUAAUAAACUGUACAGGGGAAAUAGGGUGACUAAGGUGGAUGCUGGGAGUUUCAAUGCCUUUUCCUCACCUAACCUGCCUCCACUUGCAAAUGCUGAGGUUGAUAUUACAAUAAACUGGGAAACAGUAUGGAGAGCCAAUACCAAAAAGAAAUUUCGAGUUCAUACCAAUAUGAACAGGAAUGUUGGGCUUCUGCGAAUAUUCCCAGGAAUAACUGCUGCUGCUGUGAAAGCAUUUCUCCAGCCUCCAAUUGAGGGCAUUGUACUUGAAACUUAUGGAAGUGGCAAUGCCCCAAAUAGCAGAGAAGACUUGCUAGAAGAACUUAAGAGAGCAACUGAACGAAAAGUCGUGAUUCUAAACUGCACCCAGUGCUUGCGAGGGUCUGUUAAAACAGUCUAUGCAACAGGGCAGACUCUUGCUGAUGUUGGAGUAAUUCCUGGAUGUGAUAUGACACCAGAGGCAGCCUUAACUAAACUGUCAUACACGCUCAGCAAGAGUGAGCUUAGCUGGGAGGAGAAGAGACAGAUGCUGAGUGAGAAUCUAAGAGGAGAAAUGACUGUUGUACCCACGGGAGCCAAGAUCUCUCUGAGAGAUAGCAAGUUUAUUCAAGUGAUUGCCAGAUCUCUAAGUAUCAGCUGCAAGGAGGAGUUAGAAGCUGUAAGAGAUGCAUUAAUUCCACCUUUGGCUUGUGCUGCAGCUAAACUGGGUGACAUAGACGCACUGAGAGCCAUAGCAGAAAUGGGUGGAAACCUAAGCUGUGAAGACUAUGAUGGCCGAACUCCACUUCAUAUUGCAGCCUCUGAAGGGCAUUUAUCAUUAGUUGAGUAUUUGUUAACAUCUGGUGCAACUGUUUACGCUAGAGACAGAUACGGAUCUACCCCACUGAUGAAUGCGAUCAAGUUCAGGCACAUAGAGGUGAUUAAUUUAUUACGAGAAACGGGAGCACAUCUUUCAAGCCAUGACUUGGAGAACACUGGAACAAUACUUUGCAGCCUUGCAGCUAAAGGUGAUGUGGAUGGGCUGUACGCCUGGUACCUGGCUGGUGCAGACCUGGAGCAAACUGGUUAUGAUGGCAAGAAUGCCCUACAAGUAGCAAAGGCUACAGGGCAUAAGGAGGCUCUUGACUUCCUCAGACAGAAGUGGCGAAAGAAGGUAAGACCCAGAUUUCAGGGGCUUGGUUUCUGAAAUGUAUGGGUCAGUAUAUGCUUGUAUGAAGAAGGACUUUGUAUUUAAGCCUUAGCUCACAUUUGAGCAUUGGGCUCAGCUGCUAUCCCUGCCUUAGUCUCUAGAAUGGGACUAAUGUUUAUUCCUCAUUUGGCCUGAAACAAUAAGUGUUUUUUUACGGUGUGUUCUACAGCGUGGUUCACAAUUUGGUUGGGUACCUAAAUGCUAUUAUAGUAAAUCUGUUGAGGGCAGCCAUAUCUCUUUCUCCUGGCCUUUUGCAGUAAAUUGUUCCUCUGUCUUGUCUGCAUUAAAGAGGAAGUUCCUUCCUUUGGCCACCCUGCCAGGCCUGUUUUUUCAGGGUGCUGUGCCCAGAGUCUGGGAGCAUGCCCUCCUCCAGCAGAGCCAUGGUGUGAUUACAGCCUCCCACUCAGGAGACUGCUUGGUACCUACAGCAUUUGCGGACAUGCUCUCCGCCUGUCUUUUUCAAGGGCACCUUACACCAGCCUGUCUUAGCAUUACAGAAUAUCCCAAGUUGGAAGGGACACACAAGGGUCAUCAAGUGCAACUCCUGGCUCCGCACAGGGCCAUGAAAAACCAAACCCUAUGUCUGAGAGCGUUGUCAAAAUGCUCUCUGAACUCUGAAGGGUUUGAGGUAAUGAUGUCAAGCGCUGCAGAAAAGUGGGCAGGUUCUCAACAGGCACACGGUAGCUAUACAGCAGGGCGUGGAAGGCUCCCUUUCUGCACAGAGCUCUCCCACCCAGAGCACAGGACUGGGCAGUGCCGUGGCCUCUCUGAUUUAUGCUGGCUGUCUCUGACUCCCGGCGUGAAUCUCUUUUGUGCUGCUAAUGCAGAGGUGUGUUCUCCUGGCUGAAUGCUUGUGAGAAGGGUGUGAGUCCCAUGUUCAAAGCAUCAGAUCUGACAAGUCUCUCUGUUGUGAACUUGUCUGGGCGUUUGACCAUCUCCAGUGCUGUGCUGUAACUGGAGACAUUUAAAACUUGCCCUUUAUUUCUCUGAACUCCUUUCUGAUGCAAUACGUUGUGGAUUUAGAUAUCUCUUCUCCAAUAUAUUGGCAAGUUUAAUACCAAUUUAAUUACUGGGAGGAGAUGAUGUCCUUUAUUUAAUCAAAUGAAUAUGAAAUUUAGUUAAAGGUUUGGUUGCAGUCAUGGCUACCUUGCUUCUUCCGUGUCCCAUUUGAUCAAUGUGAGUGAAUUCAUGUAUAUAGGUGGGUAAUUGCAUUUAAAAAAUAGUUGUGGUCUAAAGGGGAACAUGAGACAGAAUCAGGCAUUUUUUCCUUUCCUGUAAAGUUUUGAGGUUUUAUUUCUUUUUAGCUGUUACAGUAGGGUUAGAUACAAUCACAGUUUUGAGCUUUUAAAUGGAAGCUUUCCAGUGUCCAGGAUGAGAAUGUUAAAAGUACCUUCACAGUCUGGGUGGUGUUGCAAAGGAAUUUCCAUUUGGAGUGAAAUUUGUCUGAAAUGGUCACUUUUAGUUUACAAAUGGGAAUGAAUGUGUUAAAUCUUCAACUCCUACUUGGAUCACCUCAGCUCCUUUGGUCUGAGCCACCAGCAGUGCAGGCGAUCUCAAGGAAGUCAUCAGUGCUGCAUGAGAACUUGCUUAACAGGCUGCAUGGUAAUCUCUUCCCAAGAAGGUUUUGGAUACUGCCAACUGUUAAACAUCCAUUUUCUCUUCAUCCAUAGGCUGUAGAAGAUGAUCUCUGAAGCAUUAGUGGUGUUCAGUGAUUAUGGGGAGAAAAAAGAAGCAAUGGAAGCUGCACAUGGAGCAUACAGGAAAACUAAAACUGACUUAGAAAUAUACGUUACUUAGGAACACAUUCAGUUGUCGUUGAUUUUCUAAAAAUAAUAUGCUGCUUUAUGUUUUAAUCACUUUUUUUUUUUAAGAAAGUUUUGUGAACAAGUGAGGCUGGAAUGUAUUGUCUUUACUCUGCACAAGCUGUUUUUAAGGAGACCUUUUGAAUCUUCUUUUAUUAAAUCACCGAAGACAGUAUUGCAGGCAUGGCAAAAGGAAAUGCCGUGGUGAACUCGUACCAAGAGAAAACAGUGGAUUGUACAUUUCUGUGUUUCAACUAAUAAAAUCUCUGCAGAACAA